UCCCCAGUCUGAUGUGUACUCCCACUCCACUCUGAUGUGUACUGUUCCCUCGUCGUUAGCAGUCGAGACUCGAUAGCAAAUUAAAGGCGACGCUACUCCGAUGGGUGUCCCUGCUGUUCCUGCCGGCAAGCACGGCCGCCGCUUGUAGAGCUGAUGAUUUCCUCGGCUAGCAGGGCACUACCGAAGUCUCAACUACAGCAGGAAGUCGUGGCCAUGGACUUGGGGGUCAUGGCGCCUGCGGAGGAACAGGGCAAGGAAGUCAACGAGAUCGCGCCUGCAGCUUCAGAGCAGCAGCAGGAAACGCAGGAGCGACAUCAGAUGCCGCCUGCAGCUUCCGAGAAUAAGGAAAAGGAGGAGGUAGCCAAGAUCGAUGAGGUAUUGAGUUGGCUGAAGCCCUUGCCGGCUAAAAUCACUGAGCUGCUGGAAUCUGCUGGCCCUCGCCGCGUCAGGGAUCAUCCUGAACGGCGCGCCCUGGAGUUCAUGAAGAUGGAGCUGACAGAUCUUGUCGACUCACUGAAAUCCAUGCUGCCUCCAUUGCAGGAUGGUCGUGUUGGCGCCGAGCUCAAGAUGGACUGGCUGAACAGAUUGAUUCUUUUCGCCAGAGAUGCCCAUAGCCUCGUCAAACAAGUUUCUGAUUCCCGACUUCACACACUGCUGCGAAGAGCCACGCAGUUCUUCCGCCGUAGUAAUAAAGUUUUGAUGUAUAUGGCGGAAGAAUCUUUCCGUGCAGCCGAAUAUGCAAGCAAGUAUAGGUGCCUUCUUCUUGCCAGUAGCAGUUCCGUUGCCAGUGGCAGUUCCGACCACGCGCUGCCACCCUGCUCAGACCACCUCCUUUUUGGCAUCGAUCGCCCCAUAAAGAAGCUCCUUGGAUGGCUCACGUCUCAGGAGGAGACGGAAGAAAGGGGGCUAAAGUUCAUAGCCAUUGUUGGAGCUGCCGGGAUGGGCAAGACAACUCUUGCCAUGGAGCUCCACCGCCGGCUCCAGUGCCAAGCUAGCGGUGGAUACAACUCUUUCCAGUGCAAUGCUGUGGCUCAGGUGUCUAAUAGUACUCGAAGAAUGGAGCUUCUUCUCAGGGACAUCCUCUCACGAAUUUCAUACGGCACAUCACCACUGCUACCAUCUGAUCAAUCACCAUCCAAGACGACGGAGCUACUAGUUUACCGCGUUCGAGAAUACCUGCAAGAUAAGAGGUACUUCAUCUUAAUUGAUGAUUUGUGGCACAGAGAAGAUUGGGAAGAAAUCAAAGGUGCCUUUCCUAAUAAUAAUCUUGAUAGCCGAUUAUUGAUUACAACACGUGUUGAAAGUAUAGCAUGGUCAUGUUGUUCUGAUUCUAAAGGUUUGCUUGUGCACGAGAUGAAACCUUUGAAUCAGAUGGAUUCAGAAAGGCUGCUUUUAGUAAAAGCUUUUGGUUCUGUUGAUGGUUGCCCGUCAGACAGCAUGAAGCUAUUCUGCGAUAAAAUCCUGAUGACAUGUCAAGGUAUACCAUUGUUCGUAACUGGCACGGCAGAUUGGUUGAAAGAACAAUUGCAGCUGCAGCAGAAGCAGCAGAGGUAUGCAAUUUGUAGCGAGGAACAAGUCCCCCAGCUACCAGAACUAUUUGAACAAGAACUGUCCUCUGCUUUUGAUGACCUUCCUUCUGAGCUACCAGAACUAUUUGGACAAGAACUGUCCUCUGCUUUCGGUGACCUUCCUUCUGAGCUACCAGAACUAUUUGAACAAGAACUGUCCUCUGCUUUUGAUGACCUUCCUUCUGAGCUGACAACGGUAUUUUUAUGCAUGAGUAUGUUUCCUUAUUGUUACAGCUUUGAGAAGGAUCAUCUUAUCUUGAAAUGGAUUUCUGAGUGCCAUACCAGUUGGCCAGAAUAUUAUGUUAUUCGUAAACGUAAGGAAGAAGGAAAUGAGUACUUCUCCCAGCUAGUCGACAGGAAUGUCAUUUCCAGUGCAGCAGCAAAUUGCAAACCCGGUUUGAGUGAAGACGAGGCCUGCCAGUGGCAUAUAAAUCAAUUUAUGCAGCAGUUCCUUGCCUCCAAAUCUGCAAAGAUAGGUUUUGCUUUCACCAGCACCACGCUGACGGGUAAUGUAACUAGGAUGCCAAGGAGGCUAGCCCUCCAUCAUCCUGAUCCCCUGCUCCCAUCAGAGAUUCAGACUAAGGAUUUGUCCCAAACUCGUUGGCUAACUGUAUCUGGUUCGGUCAGUGCGAUCCCUGUUAACAUGUUUGUCAAUUUAGUGGUGCUGGAUCUUGAAGGUUGGGAUAAUUUUAAUAACCAGGACCUAGAGGAGAUAUGCAGAGGCAAAAUGUUUGUUUUGGAGUAUUUGAGCAUUAGGAAGACUCGAGUGAGCAAGCUCCCACAUGAGAUCAAGGACCUGCAGAAUCUGAUGAUAUUGGAUGUAAGUUGCACCACGAUAAGUGUGCUUCCGUCUGGAGUGUUCAAGCUAAAAAGAUUGUACCAUCUGGAUCUAAGAGGCACAGCGAUAAGGAAACUGACAAACGAAAUUGUGGGGCUACAGAGUACUUUGCAUGCUCUUCUUGUUGGUGAUGAAGGAAUGAUUAAUUCCGUUGAAGCGGCAACAUGGGUACCACACGAUAUACAGCGUUUUCACGCACUACAUACACUAGCAACUAUAGAUUUAACUGGACAAGCCGAAAGCUUCAUCCAGGCUCUUGGAGAUCUACACACUCUGAGGGUGCUGGCAGUAACAUGGUCUUUUCACCAGAGCACUGACAGAGCAUGCCGUCAAGCAUUAGAAUCAUCCAUCCAGAAGUUGCAUAGGCUCGAGUCUCUGACAAUUCACUGUGGACUCGGCUGCUCCAUGGAGUUCCUAGGUGUGUCUGAUAACUGUAGGCCCUGGACGCUCGAGAAGUUCAAGGUGACAGCUGGAAGAUUUGCACGCGUUCCCAGGUGGAUCGACAACUACCAAAAGCUUCUACGUUUCGUGCAAAUCACCGUCUGCAGACUAGAGACGGAUGAUCUCAAGAGGCUUGGAGAAUUGCUCCAACUUCAGUUCUUAACACUAGGCUUGGACUUCGUCCCCGAAGAAGCUAUAGUGAUCGAUAAGGCGGGGUUCAGUGAGCUUCAGAGAUUCUCCGUCGACUGCCAAAUGCCAUGGCUCACUUUCAAGACAGGAGCUAUGCGGAAGCUCAGAUAUCUUCAACUGACAUUCAACACAUGCCCUGCGAGCAGCCAGACCCAGACUAAUGUUCCGUCAGGUAUCGGCAGCCUCCAAAGUCUUUCUGAGGUAGCCUUGUGCUACAACGCAAGGUACAGCACCAGGCCCAGCGUCAAGGCGACAGUGGAGGCAGCGAGGAAACAAGUCGCAGAGAACCCCAACCAGAUCGACCUUUUCAUCAAUGGCCACCAAGACUACGAUGUUCAAGAAGCUGAUGAGGAGACAGAGAAUGCGAACGGAACCAUCAGACGAGUUGAUGCUGAAACCAAAUGUGAUGCUCGAGCAGUCCUUGAGGAGGCAAGCAGGAGGACUACAGAAGAGUAUCAGAGUGAGAUCGAAGCUGAAGCUGAUGCCCGGAGCGACUCCUAGGCACGUACGGCUUAGAAAGCUGCAUGUACACUUGUGGCAAAAUUAAAGGGAAGGAAUCCACUAGUCCAGUACUUGUACUGUUGUACAUGGAGCGUGCCGAUGGAUGGUACGGUACAGAUCAUGUGUCCGUAUAUAGCUGCUGUUGCCCUGUUGGCUGCUGCUUGUAUCCGUAUAUAGUGAUGUCGUGUGAUUUGUGUUUUCUGGUUCCAUUUGUGUUACUGUUCGUAACUCGUGAGUCGUGAUGCCUUCCGGGAAAUCGGAAAUUCUUGCAAUUUCCUUUGGAACAUGAUGAACCGUUCUUGCGCGCCACC